UUUGUUCCUGAAUCCUUGGGGACUGACAUUUUUCCCCCCUCGAGGCAAAGACGACCAAAGAAACUGCAUCGAGAGCCAAGCCCAGGCCUUCAACUGCCAGGAUGUCGCCCAGGAGGCCUGCCCUCCAUGUUCUGCUGUUAACUGUUCUUGUGGGAAAGUCAGCCGUCGGGUUCUCCUUGAUGCCUUUCCUCGAUGACCUGGACCCAGAUUGGACUCCCGACUACUACGACUACAGCUCCGAGCAUCAGAACCCGGAGGAGAACACCACCUCGUGGUCGACCUACGCCGAGAAUCCCGACUGGUACUAUGCAGACGAUGAUCCGUGCCAGUCCAACCCCUGUGAACAUGGCGGGGACUGUGUCACCAGCGGGGACACCUUCACCUGCAGCUGCCCGGCCCCCUUUUCUGGGAACAGAUGUCAGAAAGCACAAAACAAAUGCAAGAACAAUCCAUGUGGCCGGGGCGAAUGUCUCAUCACGCACAGCCCCCCCUACUACCGCUGCGCCUGUAAAUACCCUUACACGGGUCCAGACUGCUCCAGAGCGGCUCCUGUGUGCAGGCCCAAUCCCUGCCAGAACGGCGGCACCUGCUCGCGGCAUAAGCGGAGAUCCAGGUUUAGCUGCGCUUGCCCUGAGCAGUUCAGUGGGAGAUUCUGCGAAAUAGGUCCUGAGGACUGCUACGUUGGUGACGGCUACUCCUACCGCGGGAGUGUGAGCAGGACAGUCAACCAGCACCCCUGCCUCUACUGGAACUCCCACCUCCUGCUGCAGGAGAAUUACAACAUGUUCAUGGAGGAGGCAGAGGCCCAUGGGAUUGGGGAGCACAACUUCUGUAGAAACCCAGAUGGAGACAAAAAGCCGUGGUGUUUCAUUAAGGUCAACAGUGAGAAGGUGAAGUGGGAGUAUUGCGACGUUCUGGCUUGCUCAGCCUCAGACAUUGCCAACCUAGAGGGGGGCCCCGCAGAGCCCCCAGCCAAGCUGCCCGGGUUUGCCUCCUGUGGGAGGACCGAGAUAGCGGACAGGAAGGUCAAGCGGAUCUACGGCGGCUUCAAGAGCACUGCGGGCAAGCACCCGUGGCAGGUGUCCCUGCAGACCACUCUGCCACUGACCACCUCCAUGCCCCAAGGCCACUACUGUGGGGGUGCGCUGAUCCACCCCUGCUGGGUGCUCACCGCUGCCCACUGCACUGACAUAAAAGUCAGACAUCUAAAAGUCGUGCUAGGGGACCAGGACCUGAAGACGACAGAGUUCCACGAGCAGACCUUCAGGGUGGAGAAGAUGUUCAAGUACAGCCACUAUAAUGAGAGAGACGAGAUUCCCCACAACGACAUUGCUCUGCUCAAGUUAAAGCCCAUCGAUGGUCAUUGUGCUGUGGAAUCCAAAUACGUGAAGACUGUCUGUUUGCCUGAUGAUCCUUUUCCCUCUGGGACCGAGUGCCACAUCUCUGGCUGGGGUGUGACAGAAACGGGAGAAGGGUCCCGACAGCUGCUGGAUGCCAAGGUCAAGCUGAUCUCCAACACUGUGUGCAACUCCCGCCGUCUCUACGACCGCACCAUCGACGACAGUAUGAUCUGUGCAGGGAACCUUCAGAAACCCGGGCAGGACACCUGCCAGGGUGACUCUGGAGGCCCUCUGACCUGUGAGAAGGAUGGCACCUACUACGUCUACGGGAUCGUGAGCUGGGGACUAGAAUGUGGGAAGAAACCAGGCGUCUACACCCAAGUCACCAAGUUCCUGAAUUGGAUCAAAACCACCAUCCACAGUGAGACAGGCUUCUAAGAUGCUGUCCUCAGGACCCCAGAACCCCUCUGCACCAAGGGGCCCUCCUGGGCAGUCAAGGACAUUGCUGGAGCCUCCAGGAGGCCACAGCCAGAGUGUCCAGGCUCUGAGCAGAGAUAACUGCCAUCCAGGCUGGACCUGGUGGGACCAGUACCAUCUCACGAGGCUCCCAGGAAUGACGGCAUCAACGUCAAACAACCGUGCCCUCUAGAAAAUCAGCAUUCACAGAGUCUGCCUUCACCGGGGACAUCUGCAAAUGCGAGACUGCAGGAUGCCCAGCGCCAGGGGCAGUCACCUGGACUCUCCUCAUUCCAAACACUGAGGCACUCAACACAACCAGCCACCCUCCUGGGGCGGGAGACGACCAAAAAAAUACAACCUCCUCCGUUUGGUUUCAGAAUUGUUAUUUUAAUAAAGGCAGCUCUGGGGAUGGGCUGGUGUGCUGUGUUUCACAGCUUGCCCAAACCGAAGCCAUCUUGGGCACGGAUGUGUCUGGCAAGCAGACUUCCUCUGUGGCGUCUCUCUCGAGAAUGGGGGGUGGGCUGCCUGCUCACAUCCACAGAGCCUUUUUCCUUUUGACGUGCAGAAUCUCAGUGGCAUCUGGGUUCACCUCCCCCCUCGGGUGACCUCCAGCCUCCACCACCUCCGGCUCCCCCUGCAGAAACCAAACAUACUUCCCUCAGUUGAAAGGAAGCCCCUGCCCUGCUCCCACAAGACGUACCAAGAUGCCCCCGGAGCCUUGAACAUGCUCACCCUCCCCUCCCCCACCCUGCCCAAGAAAAGUGAUCCUCAAGGCAAGGACGAGAAAGCAGCAGAGCCCAUCUCUCAUUUAGCCGUGGAAUCUUUCUUCUGAACAAAGUAGGGUUCAAAACGCAGACUGUUGUAGCCAGAGAGUCCCUGACCCUUCCCGCGCCUGUAACGAGCAAGCAGUCAACGCAGCCCGGGCUGCCCUGGCCCGGGAUUGAUGUCGCCCUGGUAGGUUUGCCUCUGCAGAACUAAUGGCUGCGACUUCAGAGAAAACCCUGCAGGAAGUUUAACCCACAUGUCAUCCGCCCGGUCAUCUCAGACCCAGGAAAUUAGGCGCCUCGCUCGAGCUGUGUUUCACACUUCUUUAGCGCCAGCUGACCUUUGGCCAAAAAUAAACUUUGAAAAGAAACAA